AUGCCGGCUCUUUUACUUGUCGCGCUGGCAUCGCUGGUCACCGAAACCUCCGCUUUCCUGCUGUCGGGGUCUUCUUCAACUCGCGCUGCAGGCAGGCGUCCGCCGCCGGCGACUCGCCGCCCCUCGCCCGUCGCAGCUCUCUCUCCAAACGCCUGGUCAACGACUAACAGCGGAGCCAAGUUUGUGGAUGAGAGGAUCGGGAAUGGUGCGGCACUGGAGCGGCUGCAGGUGGCGGCAGUGCAUUAUGACAUGACGCUGCUACACAAGGGCGACCUCGUCCGCACCUCCCGCGGCGGCGCUCCCCUGCUGAUCGCCUUUGGCGCCGAUACCAAGGCGGCCAAUAGCAGCGCAUUGCAUAUCUGGAUCUGGGACGAGCUUCUGAGCGGGAUGAACGUCGGCGGCCGCCGGCGCGUGGUGGUUCCACUCACGGCUAUGUCGCCAACCCAGGCCGCCUGCUUCCCUCCCGAGGAGAGCGUCCGCGUCGACCUCGAUCUCGUUCGCAUCUGCACGGAGGGGCCACUCUCCUCGCUGGCGACCCUGAUGCCGCCUGGGGAGCGGCGUGGGACGAUCGGCCGCGGCACGCUCGUGCUAGCUUGCGCUGCAGCUUGCCUCCGGGGAGGGCAAGCGGAUCCGCCGACGGCGCAGAACGGGCUGGACACAUCGGUGGCCAUUGAGGCCCUGUACAAGACGCGCUGA